AUGGAUAAAAAGAUAGUGCGCAAAGGGCCGCUGUCUGGGGGUCGCCAGGGCGCGUCUGUAGCAGGCGCUGGACGCGGCAGCAUGCGGGCCGCCAGCCGAACGCGAGGAGCUGCACGGUCAUCUAAGAGCCCUCCUCAUCCAUCAUCCCCACCAGAAUACUAUGUGUCGGCUGGGUCUUCUCGGACUCAGCAAGUGGCACCCGCCGCUGGUGGAGCACGUCGCAUGCGUUGGUCACAAGCAAGGGCGUACUUUAGGGCAAAAGGGGAAGAAACUGGAUGUUUGGCAUAUCGGGCUAGGAUGCAUCGUCUUUUUGCUGAGCUGGAGCCACCUUUAACCGUCACAGAGCAAAACCUGGCAUACCGAGUUCGGUAUAUCUUGCGCUCAAAUAUAUUUGAUGUCACCGAACUCGAACGGCUACGACAUAAGGCUGUUCCCUUAUCGGAUGAAAAUGUUACGGCUGAGGAUGCGGCGCCACAAACUGUAGAGCAACCUGCAAACGUGGAUGCCGCCGUGAUACCCCAGUUGUGGUUGAUUCAAACGAUGAUGGAACAGUCGCCCAGGAACUGGAAUUAG